AACGGCACCCUGAUUGAUGACGCCAUGUACUCGAAGCUGAACGUGGCUGCACCUGGCAGCGACAGCGUGCUCUUCCUGCCGCGUGUUUUGGAUCGCUGCUACUCGACUUACCGCAAGCAGAUAGCCAUAGCGAUCUACCCCACCAACACCACUCUGUCCGACUACAUCGAGUUGGUGGAGCUGUCUGGCACCGUGCACAAGUUCAACGAGCGCGCCCAGUCAAUGUUCGCCGACAACUUCGGCUUCCCAUACAAGGACAGAGAGGGCUUCCGCGGCUACGGGCUGGACCUGGCCAUCGGCGGCGCUCGUGCGCUGGCCGCCGUAUCGCCGCGGGGUCUCAGCAGUAUGCUCGGCUUCCAGUCACUGAGCGACAACAACGGCACGCAGCUCAACCUCCAGAUGGCCCACAUGCUCAAGCUGCUGCCGCGGAUCGCCGCCUCCAUGGCGGCCCUGCGCUGGCAGGCGGAUGUCAUGACAGGAUCGGUCCCCGAGUCGGAGUACAACAGCAAAUGGUGGGAGUACAAGAAGGUGUACCAGGGCGUCUCGCCGCCCGAGGCCAGGGACGAGACGCACUUUGACGCCUUCGCGGACGGCACCCUGACGCUGCCCAGCUACCACAUCAGGCGGCUGGUCGGCGGUCUGGCCAUGUUCAGCGUGCACAAGUACCACUGCCGGAUGUAUGGUGACGUGAACGAGCCGCUGUCCCAAUGCGCCAUUCUCGAUAACCUGCAGCUGGGGGUCAACAUCAGGAAUGUGCUAGUGAAGGGAAACUCGAAGCCGUUCGGGGACCAGCUGAUGCAGCUGACGGGCCAGGCCCAGCUGUCCGGCCAGGCCAUGGUGGAGCAGCUGCAGCCCGUCACCGAGUGGCUGGUGCAGUUCAACAAUGCCACGGACCCAAGCCGCCGGGACGGCGAGAACAACCAGACAAUCGCCAUCAUCGUGGGCGUCGUGAUCGCCGUCAUCAUCCUCGGCCUGGUCGUCUUCUUCAUCGUGGCCAGGAGACGGCAGACCAACAAGGAGUACAAGAGCGCGCCGACAAGGGAAGUCAAUACACCACAGGAGGCGUAAGGUGUCUCCGCCGCGGAGCCGGACCUACCGGCGCCCGGCGGUAGGUCCGUAGGAUCAGCCGGACCUACCGGCGCCCGGCGACCAGCUGUCAGCAGAUCCGGGCAGAUCCGAACCGCCGCCGACAGAUCCGGACCGCCGCCAGCGGAACGGGCUGCCGCUGUCGGCAGAUCCGGACCGCUGUCGACAGAUCAAGAUUGCCGACAAGCCGGGACAUCCACAGUCGUCAAACGGCCACCGCCACCAGAGCGAGACGGCAAGCCACUCGGCCUGUGUGCUGCCCCGGGGCUGACAGGCCAGCCCUCUGGCGGCUCGUCAAACGCGAGCAAACUAGAUUAGCCUUGCAGUUAAUUUCACCGGUACAAUCCGACGCUAGUUUAAAUGAGCGUGCACGUGUUUAGUUAUUAGGAAGAAUAGUUGCUUCACCUGUCACGUGUGGUGCUUGCUGCAUGUAUGUGCUUUUGUAGAAUAUGCUCUGUUAUAUCUAAGCUAUGUAGCAAAAUACGCUUCCUUCCCGUAAUAAUAAUUUCAUAUCCUCGAAGGCGAUACUAUUUGGUGUACUCGGACAUAGUUAGGAAACAUAUCGCUGUUUCCGCGACACGCAUGCCGUAUUUUUGCCAAAGCAAUUUCAGACUGACGAUGGCAUCUUGUUUCAGCUAUCACACAAAUGUGCCGAAAUGUUCCGCAAAAUUGCCGUGUGUGUGUCGAAGAUUUUUCACUGCAAGUUGUUUAGCUAUAAUAACACCAUGCAAUUACUAAGAACACGUUCCGUAUGCUUCUAAUCAUUUUUCUACGUUAUAGUAUGAAGUGCGUCACUGUAUAAAUAGCAUCGAAGCGUCUUACGGCUUUUAGAAAAAUGAAAUAAAUGUUGUCCUACUCUG